UGCAAGUGUCUGGCUGCACCUCGACUUCCAAUGACCAAAGAUCCCUUAGUGUCUCUGGAACUCCACUCCAGCUUUGUUCACUACACCCAUUUCUCUGGUAAAUCCUCUUCAUACAUUUAUAUAUUUUUUUCGGGACCACUGCCAAGCUCAAGGAGAGCAUCCUCCUUAUCACCAUCAUCAUGAAGCACAGGACGGUGAUGAUGUAUAUGGAGAUAGGCUGCUUUGUGUCGUGUCUGGCUGGCUGGAUUCUGGUUUGCUCCACCCUGGCUAUAGAGUACUGGACCUGGUCUGAAGUGGGCAGCAUGGUGCUCACCACCGGCAUCUACUUCUCUAGCCUCUGGAAGGACUGUGUCUCAGACUCCACGGGGGUGUCCGACUGCAAAGAGUACCCCUCCAUGCUGGCACUACCAGUGUUCCUCCACGCGGUUAGGGCUCUGUCGAUCUGUUCUGUCAUCCUUGGGUUCUUCGCUGGAGUCCUCACACUGAUAGGGAUGAAAUGCACCAAGAUUGGAGGGUCAGAGCUCGCCAACGCACGGGUCACCUUCGCCGGGGGAAUCACCUAUCUGACGUCUGGAUUUGCUGGCCUGAUUGUGUACUCCUUGUGGGGUAACAAAGUAAGAUCAGAGUUUGUGGAUCCGAAUUUCAAGGCACAGAAAUUUGAAAUCGGAGCAGCGAUUUUUAUUGGCUGGGGAGGCUCGCUCUUGCUCAUCACCGGUGGUUUCGUACUCAGUUUCUUCUCUGGAAAGGAGGGUCUACGCUCGACUUCAAAGAAAAGGCCCCGCAGACCUAGAUCCUAUGCCACAGCUCAGACCAGACGCACAUACAUGAUGCCAAACUCUUCCAGAGUGACUCCAAUGCCACAAUUGUUCCAAGAGAGCAGAGCCGGCAGGAAGACCAGGACAACUAGGACAUAUAGCAGGGACGAUUUUUUGUGAGCUGCAGUAGCUCCUGUGCUGCAGGAAAUACACUGCUUCAUAUCAUUGGUCGUUAGAUACCAUGAAAACAUUGUAGGAACUGAAUCAAUUUGAUUUGGUAACUGUCUCACCACCUACACCUUGAAGAUACCCUUUGUAUGACUGUUUUACUAACAUAUAACUGUGUUCCGUUUACACUGUU